UGUUUGUGUUUUACGAAUACAUUUUAAAAGCAACCCGAAACCUCAGUUUUUUUUUUGUUUAAAGAACUAAUUCCUCUUCAUUAUGGAUAACUACGACGAAUCCGAUAUGGUUUAUUGCCCGUACAACAAGGAGCACAAAAUGCUGCGCAAUAAGCUCCAGCAGCACAUCCUGAAAUGCCGUGUGAUCUACAAAGACAAGGUGGAACUUAUGGUUUGUCCCUUCAAUAAUUCGCACUUAAUACCAGAGCCCCAGUUCUUUCAACACACCCAAUCGUGCGAGGAUCGAAACAUUAUAGUACACUAUCAGACCAGCGCUCCUGCUGUCCUCAGCGAAGACACCAGACACCCGAAGAUCGAGUCCGAGGAGAACUGGGAUGACGACGAGAGUGUGCCCGAUUACGAUCCUCAGGUCUACUGCUCCAGGGCCAACAUAGUGAGAGAGCCCAAUGGGUUGUUUCCCGCCCAGCGAAAGGCUUUCAUCGAGCAGGAGAAGCGUCGUCACUUUGGCGAGGAUUACGAGGAGGAGAAGAAGCCGCCGAAGGCCAAGGCUCGCGCGGAUCCUCGUCCCACUCCCUACGAGCCCAGGAGGCCAUACUCAAGGCGCCAGUAGUUCGUGUUCACCAAGAAUUACUCCCACUGCCAAAGAAAAAAUCCAAAACAUUUAAUCGAGGCUUAUACCGACCUCGUUAUUAUAACCAAAAAAAAUCCAUGGCCAAAGUGUUAAAAUGAACAUGUGCUGUGAAACAAGCAUUGCUCGCUGUUCAGUUGAGCAAAUGACAAUAUCAAUCUGAUAUUAUUCUGAGAUAAUGAAAAUAAAAUAAAUAUCCGAAAUUCAAGAAGAUAUCAAAAUAUAUAUGUAAAAUAUGUGCCUUAUUUCAUUAACGUAACAGAAAAU